UCUGAGGGCGGAAACAUCAACAGUGAGGACAAACCCAGCCUGCCUCUCUCCUUCCACACGGAGUCCAAGCAUACAGUCACUGGGUCCUGAUUGUGACCGCGAGGCCCAGUUUGCACCGCAGGAUCCAGAGAUGGCAUCAGUGAAGCUGGAAGACUGCAGUCAAACACUGGAGCUGAAUGUCAACAUUAAAGAUGAAGAAGAGGAGGAGAAGAUUGGGAAAUCUGUUUCUCAUGGACUAGAAUUAAGUCUGAGGCCGGUAACAUCAACAGUGAGGACAAACCCAGCCUGCCUCUCUCCUUCCACACUAAGUCCAAACCCACAGUCACUGGGUCCUGAUUGUGACAGUGGGGCCCAGUUUGCACUGCAGGAUCCAGAGAUGGCAUCAGUGAAGCUGGAAGACUGCAGGCAAACACUGGAGCUGAAUGUCAACAUUAAAGAUGAAGAAGAGGAGGAGAAGAUUGGGACAUCUGUUAAUCAUGGAGACAAUGUUGAGACAUUCUCUACAUCCAGAGAGCAUCAGCAGGAAGAUCACAGAGCAAAGAGGUCUCACCACUGCCCACAUUGUGAGGAGAUUUUCCCAUUUCUAUCAAAGCUAAAAAUACACCUAAAAAUACACACAGGAGAAAAGCUUUACUCCUGCUCUGAAUGUGGAAAAUGCUUCAAAACGUCAACUGCGCUAAAAGUUCAUCAUGGAACACACAGAGGAGAGAAGCAUUUCUCCCGCUCUGACUGUGGAAAGAGUUUCUCUCAUCGGGACACCUUAAAAAGACAUGAACAUAUACACACAGGAGAGAAGCCUUACUCCUGCUCUGACUGUGGAAAGAGUUUCUCUCAUCGGUACACCUUAAAACAACAUGAACAUAUACACACAGGAGAGAAGCCUUACUCCUGCUCUGACUGUGGAAAGAGUUUCUCUCAUCGGGACACCUUAAAACAACAUGAACAUAUACACACAGGAGAGAAGCCUUACUCCUGCUCUGACUGUGGAAAGAGGUUCUCUCAUCGGAACACCUUAAAACAUCACGAACAUAUACACACAGGAGAGAAGCCUUACUCCUGCUCUGACUGUGGAAAGAGUUUCUCUGGACCAAGCAACCUAAAACAACAUGAACAUAUACACACAGGACAUAAGCCUUACUUCUGCUCUGACUGUGGAAAGAGUUUCUCUCAACCAAGCCACCUAAAACAACAUGAACGUAUACACACAGGAGAGAAGCCUUACUCCUGCUCUGAAUGUGGAAAAUGCUUCAAAACAUCAACUGCACUAAAAGUUCAUCAGAGAACACACACAGGAGAGAAGCCUUACUUCUGCUCUGACUGUGGAAAGAGUUUCUCUCGGCCAUGCCACCUAAAACAACAUGAACGUAUACACACAGGAGAGAAGCCUUACUUCUGCUCUGACUGUGGAAAGAGUUUCUCUCAACUGGGCACCUUAAAACAACAUGAACGUAUACACAAAAGAGAGAAGCCUUACUCCUUUUCGGACUGUGGGGCAAGUUUCUCUCGUCCGGACACCUUAAAAUGAUCUGAACAUAUACACACACUGGAGAGAAGCCUUACUCCUGCUCUGACUGGAAAGUGUUUCUCUUGAAUGUGCCAUUUAAAAAGACACCAAGGGAAACAAGAGAGGAGCCUUACCACUGAUCUGACUGUAGAAAAUGUUAAAACACCAGCUGAGCUUAAAGGUCAUUAGAGAAAAGACAAAGGAGAGAAGCCUUUUUAAAAAAAAAAUUAUUUAACCUUUAUUUAACCAGGUAGGCAAAUUGAGAACACGUUCUCAUUUACAAUUGCGACCUGGCCAAGAUAAAGCAAAGCAGUUCGACACAUACAACAACACAUAGUUACACAUGGAGUAGAACAAACAUACAGUCAAUAAUACAGUGAAAAAUAAGUCUAUAUACAAUGUGAGCAAGUGAGGUGAGAUAAGGGAGGUGAAGGCAAAUAAAAUAUAUUAAUAAAUAAAAAUAUAAAAAGGCCAUGGUGGCGAAGUAAAUACAAUAUAGCAAGUAAAAAAACACUGGAAUGGUUGGUUUGCAGUGGAAGAAGGUGCAAAGUCGAGAGAGAAAUAAUGGGGUGCAAAGGAGCAAAAUAAAUAAAUACAGUAGGUAAAGAGGUAGUUGUUUGGGCUAAAUUAUAGAUGGGCUAUGUACAGGUGCAGUAAUCUAUGAGCUGCUCUGACAGCUGGUGCUUAAAGCUAGUGAGGGAGAUAAGUGUUUCCAGUUUCAGAGAUUUUUGUAGUUCGUUCCAGUCAUUGGCAGCAGAGAACUGGAAGGAGAGGCGGCCAAAGGAAGAAUUGGUUUUGGGGGUGACCAGAGAUAUACCUGCUGGAGCGCGUGCUACGGGUGGGCGUUGCUAUGGUGACCAGCGAGCUGAGAUAAGGGGGGACUUUACCUAGCAGGGUCUUGUAGAUGACCUGGAGCCAGUGGGUUUGGCGACGAGUGUGAAGCGAGGGCCAGCCAACGAGAGCGCACAGGUCGCAGUGGUGGGUAGUAUAUGUAUACAUUACUUCUGCCCUCAAUGUGGCAAGAGUUUUUCCCAAUUGGGCAAUGUAGAAACACACCAACGGAUACACACUUGAGAGAAGCCUUAUCACUGCGCUGACUGUGGGAAGAGAUUCUACAGAUUGGGCCAUUUAAAAAGACACCAAUGUAAACAUAAAGGAGAGAAGCCUCAUCAGUUCUCUCAGACCAGCUAAGAUUAGACACUCCACUUAAUUCUCAUGUCAUUAAAUAACUGGCAACGUUGAAUUGGAUCAAAUGAAGAAAGUGUAGAACACUAUUGUAAUCCUAUAGUUUCUCACUGUGAGAGAAUAAUGCAGAGGAAAGGGAGCGUUAUAGAAUGUUAGCCUCUCUUUACUGAUCAGUGUGCACCUUGUCAAUUUUGGUGUGAGAGAGAAUAAAGUAGACGGCACACGUCAAACGUUUGAUUCAUGACCCUAUGUCCGGAUGACGUGUGCAUGCCCAUAUUUGGGCAUUCCAGUCAGGACAUCCUGGCGGGAAGUGAUCACUUGGUUAUGCCCAUAUAUGGGCAUCCUGUUCCUGUUCUCACGCCUUAGUGAGUGCGGCAAUAUUUAUAUGAUGCCUUUGAAGUUGUCAUGAUGAUUGAUGUCUAGGGACCUCUUUGAACUGGGGGGGAUGAACAUUUCAAAGAGUUUGAACCCCCAGAACACUAAACAAGAUUUUAAAAAUCAGCAUGGAUUUUGUGAUC